GGGGGCUUACUCCCUAACUGCGACGUGGGCAUCUACAAGUCGUUCAAGGACAUCAUGUCGAAGCUGAUCGAGGAAUGGAAGAGGUCCGGCAAGGUCACCUACCCUAAAGCCGGUAACCCAAAAGAUCCCGACAUCAUCUUGGUGACGUCGUGGCUCUCACAGGCUGGGAAGAAACCCCGCUCAAAGUCGUCGAGCGUGCAGGCAUGCAGUUUCAACGACGACUCAAGUCAGUGGCACAUCUCGAAGCACGACGUUUACGACUCAAAAUUCGGGCGGCGUGGGAGUUGCAAGAAGGCGCUGACACUAGGUAGGGCUCAGAGAGCGGCGCGUUCGUGA